GUAGAUUGAGCAUUGGUCUCGAGACGGUUUGGGCGCCACCUUGCUUCCGGAGUUUAGUGGGCCAAAAACCAGACGUUCCCCCGAUCGAUCCAAGCUCCCACGGUUGGAGAUGGCGGCUGUGAGGAAGGAGCUUCCUCGUCUUCUUCGCCACGCAUGCUCCGGAGAGACGCUUUGUUUUCCGUGCCGACCGACGGCUCACACUGGAGUCGCUCUCUUCUCCACUCGUAUUGCCGGAGACACUCCUGUUCUGGUUAGGGAUUACAUUAAAUCGGCAUUAUACGAUCCUGAUCAUGGUUACUUCUCCAAAAGGUCGGGCUCCGUGGGCUUGAUGCCCAAGAGCAUCAAGUUCAACGAAUUGGAAGGUCGGAGUGAUUAUCUAAAGCUUCUGGAUAAACUUUACAAGGAGAAUGACAUUGCGUGGUUCACGCCCGUAGAGCUUUUCAAGCCUUGGUAUGCUCAUGGAAUUGCUGAAGCGAUACUUCGGACUGCUGACCUUUCAGUCCCUUUGAAAAUAUAUGAAAUUGGUGGUGGAUCGGGAACAUGUGCGAAAUGUAUCAUGGAUUACAUGAUGUUGAAUGCGCCAUCAAAAGUUUACAGAAAUAUGAAAUAUAUAUCUGUGGAAAUUAGUCCAGCACUUGCAGAGAAGCAGAUGGAAACUAUUGGUGAAGUGAGGAGUCAUUUGUCACAUUUUCAAGUUGAAUGCCGUGAUGCUGCUGAUAGAAAUGGCUGGGGAGUAGGGGACCCUCAACCUUGUUGGGUUAUAAUGCUUGAGGUGCUUGACAAUCUUCCACAUGAUCUUAUAUAUUCUAAGGACCAAGCUUCUUCAUGGUUGGAAGUCUGGCUUGAAAAGCAGGCAGACAGAUUAUCUCUCUUGGAGCAAUUUAAGCCAUUGCAAGAUCCAUUGAUCAUGCGUUGCAUUGACAUUGUGAACAUGAACAAAAAACCAAGUUAUUUAGGAGCUAGAUUCAACUCGGCAGCUGCAAGCAUUUUCUCAAAGAUGUUCCCGAAGCCUCAAAAAGCUUGGAUGCCAACUGGCUGUUUGAAACUCUUUGAUUCCUUACAUUGGGCAUUGCCAAAGAUGUCGCUGAUUGCUUCUGACUUCAGCUACCUUCCAGAUGUGAAAAUAUCUGGUGAGAGGGCUCCUUUGGUGUCAGUGAAGAGAGAUGGUCACACGACAGAUUGUAGCAGCUAUUUAGAUGCAAUGGGGCAUGCAGAUAUUUUCUUUCCCACAGAUUUUUGGCUAUUGGAACUCAUUGAUCACCAUUGUGCUCAAGGACAGAGUCUGCGAACUGGGGAUGGUCCAGCACGAAAAAUAAAACAAAGGCGGACAGUUAUACUUGAUUCUGCUGCUUUUAUGGAAGAGUUUGGGCUUCCGUCGAAAACAAGGACUAAGGAUGGGUACAAUCCACUUCUGGACGAUUUCCAGAACACUAAAUUUUAUUUGAGUGUGCCUACGCAUAAUGCUAAAAGGAUGCUGUAGUUUGUGGUGUAUAUUUGCUGGCGGCCCAAACAUUGCGAGGAAAAACGGCCAUCUAGUCCUUGCCGAUGAGUAUUCUUGGAUCAUGGUUCACAUAACGAUGAUAAAAUUGGGUAUAACACUGAUGAUCUUGACAUAAUAAAUUUUAUCCGAGCAACUAACUUGUGAACAGGACAUAAAGAGCUUGUUGGUGUUAGAUGUCAACUGAUGGAGCUUUGCAUUCUGUUGCAUCAACUUACGUGGUAGUAGUUUUAAUAUUUUUAAUUCAUUUUUCUCUGCACUUUGGGUGAAUUCUGCAGUCUGUCGUUUCACAUGUAAAGCCAUAUCUAACAGAAAGAUUCUUGCUCCAUUUCUGCUGUUGAUUGCAUAUUGGAAUCGGAAUCAUGAAGCUUUUUCGUGCAUAACAGAUUUGUAUUUUCUAGUUGUUUUAUUGAGCUCAUAUUGGAUGGCGAUUUUGAACU